GAGUGACCAAGGAAGCAGUUAACAUUUUUUGCUUCCUUUCUGAUCUUUUCCAUAUGGACUUGAUCAUUAUCUAAACUUGCAAAAACUUGGAGUUUACAAUAUGAGAACUCAGCUUAUUUGUUUAGUGCUCCUCCUUUUGUCUUAUGAUGGGGUGUGCUCAGAUCCUGAUCAGGAAAUGAAAGCAUUAGAAGUCGAUUUAUUGAAAAGCCUCUACACUUCAAAGUUACUUCAGAAAACCCAAGACAAGGAUCAAGACCAUUUAAACUAUAAGAACGAGGAGAUACUAAAGAGAAAAUCACCUUACAUUCUGAAAAGACAGUUGCAUAUUAACAAAUCCAGAAGACCAUACAUUUUGAAGAGAAAUACAUUCUACUGACCUGAUACCUUGUGGAAAGACAUUAUACAUGUUGUGAAUAUGUGGCUGUAGUUAUUGUACACUUGGUAUUUAUUGCUUAUUUUGUGUUUUCUGGAACAAUGGUAUAAACUGUGUAUCUUUCAUUAUAAAACAUUGAUUUUGUAAAUAAACUUGACAGCAUUAUCCAAUCCACUUAAGGUCUGUUGUUGACACAUCUAAAUCAUUCAUCCUGUUUCUUGACCUAAGAUAUGAAAUGUAUAAGAAUAAUACAAUGUCAUUCAUUAUCAAACCUUUCACAUUUUGAAAUCAUGGUUAAAGUCCUGUAAAU